AGAACAGAAUUGAACGCAGUACUCUGAAAGUGGCCUAACCUAUGUCCUGUACAGCUCUUCUGACUCUUUGUGUUGGUUUGUCAGGACGGGAGCAGUUUCACGGAUUGGGCUCGAUGUACUGUCGAGGAGCAGCUGCUGUGAUCCUCACUUACGAUGUGACGAGCCGUCAGAGUCUGCGGGAACUGGAGGAGCGGUUUCUGACCCUGACUGACACUGCUCAGCCUGACUGCAUCUUCGCCGUGGUGGGCAAUAAAUCUGACCUGACUGAUGACUGCGUGGGGACUGAUGAAACCCAGGGACCGGUUCCAGCAUCUCCUGCUCCCAGAGCAAGCAAACAGGUCUUCAAAGAGGAUGCAAUUAAUCUGUACAAGCAACUCCUUAAGUACAAGAUGCUCGAUGAAAAGGAUUUCCCAGUGGCAGAGAAAAUGUGUUUUGAAACCAGUGCUAAGACGGGCUAUAAUGUCGAUCUGCUCUUUGAGACCAUUUUUGAACUGGUAAUAGCUGGUAUUGUGAAGAAGCCAGUGAAAUCUCCUGACACUGUGGAGCUGAAACAAAGUACUGAUUCCAAAUCCAGGACAUCGCCCUGCUGUACUUGAGGGAAAUGGGUUGAAUGUAUUUUUUUCCCAGCACCUUCCCUUGGAGGGGAAAUCGCACUUUACAAUGCAGCGUAACUUCUGAAGGUAUGAACUGUGGUCCACGUGCCGUGUGCGCAGAGUGAGAUCCGAAAAACCAGUUGCUGAUCUUCGCCAUUGUUCCUGUUUACAGCAAGUUUAAUGCUGUGCCACCACAUGCUAGAAUAAACAGAAAGCAGAAUGCCACCCCCUUAGAGGUUUAAUGAGUGCUUGAUGUUGCCCACUCUCUGUCCAGCGCAAGUUCACCCACUCAAAGUGGGAUCUGUUAUAACAAUCACUUACUCCAUCAUUGACUUGUGUGGCAGGUAUUAAAUAGUCACUGAGCAGUGUUAAAGGUUAAUUCGACAGGUAACUGUGAGUGGACUGUUUAGAACUGGUUUGGACAGACUUUAGUAUUAUUGAGGGGAGCAGGAGAGAUUGGACUGUCUCAAUCUGCUGUCAAACUGCAAUGUGAUAGCUCAGCUGGUCAUGGACCAUUUGAUGGAUGUUCCUGCUGCACAUUAAUACUCUUCAAUCAGAUAGAGACCACGCUGUGAUGUGAUUUAAUGUGACCUUUCCUGAUGGAUCAUAAUCAACAAUGUUUCUUACAAUUUUUUAGAAUGUUACGUAUGUGAAAAUUAAAUUAACUUUUGAAUUGUUGAUUUUGCCCUGUUUGUAGAAAUCAUCUGGAGUUUGAUCGCCAGUUCUCCUGUGUUAAGUUGUACACUUUUCAUUUUGAAAAUAAUUUGCAUUCCCUGACUAUAUAUAAAGCACCAUUAAAUAAUUUUCAAAUUUCCAAA